GAAAACGAACCUUUCACAGAGGAAGUGACGGUUUACAUCAGAUGAUACAUUUGGCUAGUAACCUUAGUAACUAACCAGCAGGAACACACAAACAAGUAGAUUUUGCACUGAGAGCAGGAGUCGAGAUGGAGGAGCUCGAUUUGCUGUUAGAGGAACUCGCCUUGAAUUCAGCACGGUCAGACAGCGCCAUUGAGAACAAGAGCAGUGAUGCAGCUGGCGGAGAGGUACCAGGUGCAGUUAAUGCCGGACAUACCAAAAAUGGAACCAGCUCAGUCUCUUCAAGCGUCUACAGUCAUCCACCAGCUCCUGUGGCAGCUUCCCUGGAGCCACAGUCACCCACUCUGGAGCUAGAAUCCAUCUUGCAAGAUCUGUUGAGCCUAGGACAAGAGAACCCAGCGCCUCCAGCGACCCCACCACCACUUACACAGAAGCAGUCUGGUAAAAAGAAAACAGAAGGUGAACAACAGCAAGGGAGCAGCAGCGCCGCCGACUCAAAGGCCUCGACCCAGACGAAGAAAACAGAUACUAUAGAUGACCUGCUCGGAGGACUGAGCUCAGACUUGGAGAAGAUCGGUGUACGCACCACAGCCAAGGGCCACUGUGCUUCCUGCAACAAAUGCAUCGUGGGAAAGAUGAUCACAGCGCUGGGUGAAGUGUGGCACCCUGAACACUUUGUGUGUGUGGCGUGUAAGAUGGAGCUGAGCGGCACAGGCUUCUUUGAGAGGGACGGACGGCCGUACUGCGAAAAAGACUACUACCAGCUCUUCUCUCCACAGUGCGCCUACUGCAAAGGGCCCAUUAUCCAGAACAUCCUGACAGCCCUGGACCAGACCUGGCACCCAGAGCAUUUCUUCUGUACACACUGUGGAGGCCUGUUUGACGAAGACGGAUAUCUGGUGAAGGAUGGGAAGCCAUAUUGUUGCAAGGACUUCUACCACCUCUUUGCUCCCAAGUGCUCAGGCUGUGGGGAGUCGGUGAGGGGGAACUACCUGACUGCAGCCAAUGGCACCUGGCAUCCAGAGUGCUUCGUCUGCGCAGACUGUCUGAUGCCCUUCCCAGAUGGCAGUUUCAUGGUGCUGGAUGAACGGCCCCUGUGUUCUCUGCACUAUCACACCAGACAGGGCACUUUGUGCGGCAGCUGUUGCGAGCCCAUCAUGGGCCCCUGCAUCUCUGCUCUCAAUCGCAAGUUUCACCCCGAGCACUUUGUGUGUGCCUUCUGCCUGAAGCAGCUCAAACAGGGCGUCGUCAAGGAGCAGAAAGGGAAGCCGUACUGUUCGGCUUGCUUUGGCAAACUCUUUGUGUGAGACACAGACAGCGACAGGAGCCAUACAGAUGAUUCGUCGUUGCCAUUGCUGUGAAUCUAAUUUUAGUAUGAAGGAUGAAUUAAAAUAAGGCACCUGCGCUAUUCUUACGUCACAUCAUCUUACAAGACUGUUUUUGCCAUAGAACAGAUGCUCAGUGUUUCAUGGCUGACUGCACAUUUUAAGCAUGGAAGCUUAUGUGCCGAAUUAUAUGAUUAAAAGCAUAUUACAAGUAGAGUGGUGUAAAUCAUUGAUAUAUUAUCCAGAAAUAACCCAGAGAAAUGUUAACGCUGUAAGAUUAUUAAUGGCAUGACUGUAGAACACAAGGAAAAUACAUAUUUCCCAUGAUAAAAACCUUAAAGAAAGCUUUUACAUAUGUGAACCUUGAAUGCUUCUAAAAGGCGUGUUGCUGACACUUGGUCUAAACUUUAUGGGAUUUCAUACAUCAUGAUCACAUAAAUUUCCUAAAUGGAGAAAGCAAAACACAGCAGUGCUGUUUUAACCCAUGGUUUCCAUUAAGCUAUCCUCAGGUUGCCAUGAGACUUGGCAGUGCACAGAUGCUCUCUCGCAGCAUGGAGCAGCUCGUCAAGGGGCUCGUCUAUGUGGUCUGAUAGCUUGUAUUGGCAAUCAGUGGCAUUGGUUUAGUGUGCCAACCUGAGUUUCCUCUUACUCUGACUGACCACUUGGCCCCUGGCAUGCGCUGGAUUCAGACGACCUCUUCACUCUCCACACAGGCUCCUUUAUAGCCACCCAUAGAAGAUUAAUGAAGGUGGCAAGGUUAACAAACGUGGUUUCAGCCCCUUCACUUCACCGUGUCGCUUCAGGAACUCUUUGACGGCUGAGGGAUGAACGAACCGCAAACUGUUUUAAUGCUUUAGAUGUUGUUGGCAUAUUUGGGCCGGGUCAGUAAUGGGCUGAGAUUUAAUAGUUUACUAAUAUCUAAUGGUGUGGAUGAUAUGUUAUAUACUGUCGUUCUAAUAGAAGAAUGCGUUAUUCAUGUCAUUGUAGAAGAAAAUCAACAAGCAUCAAUCAACUGGGAGAACCAUCUCACAGGACGCAGUGUUUCACGUGUGCGGGAAUUUGACCCUGCGCUGCCAAAUUUAGAGCCUCUGUGUACUACAUAUGUGCUAGUCUGAAGCCCAGUAGUCCUGGUCUUAAUGCUUAGAUGUUUAAUUUUGCCGCUCAGUUGCUGCUUAAUACUUUUUCCAGAUGUCUAAUAUUCACACUGAACACACCAUCAAGGAGAAUUUUGUAAAUGUUUCCAUGAAGCUGCCAUCUAUGUAGCUGUUUUAAAACACUGCUGUUGAUAGUUGAAGUAAAUGCAAAUGCAGAUAUACUAAAAAUCAAAAAAGAAAUUAAUUAAAUUAAAAAAAAGUUCUGUUUUAUUGCUAAUUAUCA